AUGCAGGCCGUGUGCGCUGUGGCGAAGCCCUUUGCGGCCAGCGGCGCCCGUGCGCCCCGCAGCAGCUCCAGCCGCGCGGCCGUGGUGCGCGCCGCGGUGGCGGGCGAGCCCGAGCAGCAGCCGCUCCUGGCACGGCGCAGCGUGGCGGGCCUGCUGGCCGCCGCGCCCGUGCUGCUGCCCGCCAGCCGCGCCCUGGCCCUCAUCCCUGACGACGAUGACGAGGAGCUGGUGCAGAAAGCGCGGGCCAACCGCCAGGCCCGCUUGGCCAGCGAGCGGCAGGCGGAGCAGGCCUUCUCGCGCUCCGCCCGCGGUCUGGACCGCGUGCUGGAGCAGGAGCUGAUCCCGGUGCAGAAGGCGAUCAACAGCCUGGCCAUCAGCGGCGCCGCGCUGGAGGCUGGCGACGUCAAGGCCGCCGCCUCCGCCCUCAGCGGCUCCUGGGUGCGCGACUUCCAGUCGGCUACCGAGAAGCUGUCCUACACAGACGCAGCCAAGAGCUCGGCCGCCUCCGUCCUGUCCAGCCUGUCUGCGCUGGAGGGGGCGGCGGCCAGCGGCUCUGCCUCCGACGCCAAGCGCGGCUUUGUGGCCACCGUCGGCUCCUUCAAGGCCUGGGUCUCGGCUGCCAACAUCGCCAGCGACCUCAGGGGCCUGUGA